AUGUCGGUCUCCGAAGACCUCAUCAAUUUCGACGUGAUCGAGUCACAGAAAGAGAACAUCCAGUCGCUCCCAGGUGGACGAUCAGCACGAGCCCUCGCCCAGAUAUUUUCGUCGGGAAGCAAGGGUGAUAAGUUUGCUUCUCCAUCCCCGAACGACACGAAAACGCUCAACGACGCCAUCAGACAAGAGUAUGAAGCCGAAAUUCAAGCAAGCGUCGACUCCGACGACCCUCUCGACGUAUACGAUCGUUAUGUCAAGUGGACGCUGAACGCGUAUCCCUCGGCGCAGGCAACUCCAGAGUCUGGGCUCCUUCCCCUGCUGGAGCGAGCAACCAAGGCCUUUCUUACCACACCACAUUAUAAGAAUGACCCUCGUUAUCUGCGACUAUGGUUGCACUACAUAAGACUUUUCUCCGAUGCCCCGCGAGAGACAUUUGCAUUCCUUGCGCGACAUCAUGUGGGCGAGGGUCUGGCGCUCUUCUAUGAGGAGUACGCGGCUUGGCUGGAAGGCGCUGGACGAUGGACGCAAGCAGAAGAAGUCUACAAGUUGGGCAUAGAGCGCGAAGCACGUCCGGUAGAGAGGCUGAUUCGCAAAUUCGGCGAAUUCAAAACUCGAUUCGAACAGAGGCCUCGGGGCAGUGACGGACCUUCUUCACCUGCUCUGCCAACAGUCCGUCCGGCGUUGGCGGCAAAAGUUGACCCCUUCUCCUCUGCGCGAACUGCGCCAGCAGACUCUCAAGCUCAGCGGCAAAGGGCUGGCAUUGGAGGAGGCUCAACUACCAGAUCCGGAAAGCCCAAGCUUGCUGUCUUCUCUGAUGCAGACGCCUCAGCUGGUAGUCAACCUGCUGUGAGCGCACAGUCAAAAGGAUGGGAGAGCAUUGGAUCGCUUCGGGAAAGACGAAAAGAGAACACAAUGGAGGCGAAGCCGUGGGUUGGAGAGACCUUGAAGACGGAAAAGAGGUCACGACCGGUUGAGAAGAUGACGAUUUACAGGGAUGAGUCAGCUUCAGAUGCACAAGAUGAAUCACAAGGUCAACGCAAGAUUCCCGACCAUCAUGUAAGAGAAGCAGUAAAUCCACGAACCGGUAGGAGAGAGCGCGUCUUUGUGAACCUUGAAGCCGUAUAUCCGGAUUACAAGAAUCCCGGCUAUGAGAUAAGUUUCGAGGAACUCCGGGCGAUCAGCCGGGGCUGGAUGCAGAAAGACUGGAGUUUACAGAAAAAGGCACUGAAAGAAAUCUCAGGAAAUGCCACAAGUCGAAAUCCACCCCUUCAGGAUUACAAGCAGCAGAGCACAGACAAGGCCUUGGAGGGGGACAUGAACCAAAGACUCGCAAUUCGAGAGAAGUCCUCGCAUCAAACAGAGACAGUAGAACUCCAGGAGGAACCUCGUGAUGGCAAAUCCAGCAAGGCUAGAAAGAUCAAGGUGCGGGAGAUUGGCGAGACAAUCACAAUUAAAACAAACCUGGACUCUCCGACUGGACCCAAGUUAAAGCGCAAAAACACGUCAGAGCCAACCAUGACCUUCCACACUCGCGCUGCAACAGAUGAAAUCUAUAGCAUAUUUAAUCAGCCACUGAAAUCAGAGAUUGCUAAUACAGAUCACGGUGACAGCCUAUGCGAGAGUGACUAUGAGGAUGAUGGUUAUACUAGCGCGGGUGAAAGUACUGGGACUGGUCGGGUGUCUGCAGGCACAAGUGAAUUCGGGGAUGACGAGACCAGUACGCUAAGGAGGACAAAUGAAGACGAUGAGGAUGAUGAGGAUACAGACAGUGUCGAUGCUGGUGAAUGGACUGAAUUUUCAACCAGCAAGCAUGUCCCUAAAAUCUCUGAUGGUGAACACCCUGAAAGCACCCAGGGUGACAACCUGGAUGCAACAGAACCUGACUGCGUCUCCAAUGGUCAGUUUCCAGAUGAAACCUAUCUAUCUCCGCUUGCUAACAGCGCUCCAGAGCCAAGGAGAGAGAGAUUUAUCCCAGAGAUGCCUGAGGACUACAACCCCCCUGUUGGCCUAUACCGCGAUGCUGCUAUGAUGGCACCGAAUCGACUGCCUUUCAUGACCCCCAUCAUUGAGAGGACAGAAAACUCUCUUCCUUCUAUGACAGCUGCAAGAAAUCACUACGACACGAAAACACCAUGCAAGCCUGUGCCAGAGGCAAACCACACGCCCCCUGGUCUACCAGUUGGAGAUCUCCUGGGUUCUAGCCCAGUUGCAGACGUCACAGAAUUAAAAGGUCAAGACUUGUCCGUUGAUGUUGGGGACUUUUCGCCAAUCCCUGUAAAGAAAUUGCGACGUUCCCCUGAAAAGCAUGGCUCGUCAAAGAACAUUUUUGAGAAGGCAUUCAUCAUCAAAGAAGCGCAAUGCGACCCUACGGACAGGGGCAUCCGCAAUAAGAUUCUCAAAUCUAUUGAUCCACCUUUGGCAUCUUACACUGGAUAUCACGACCACUCUGACGUGUGCGGCAACCAUGCGGCGGACAUUCAGAAAUUUGUCAAGGCCCUGAAAAAGCCCUCGAGAAGUGGAGACAAGGCAGCAUUCAAUGCUCCAGUUCUCAGGUUUAAGGGUGCAGACCGAAACUACACUAUCAGGCGAGAGCUAGGAGCUGGAGCUUAUGCCCCCGUGUAUCUUGCUGAGAGUGUGGACAGUGUCGACAAUGACUCGUCUGCAGACAACGAAAGUGACGUCGUCAAUGCCAACAACAAGCGUUGCUUUUCUCCAAACGGCAGUAGCAGCAGAUGGCAGCGCACUAUGUAUCGGCAAGAUCUCGAGGCCAUAAAGGUGGAGACUGAUCCACCGAACGCGUGGGAGUUUUACAUGAUCAGGAUUGCGCACGAUCGGUUGCGCAACUCGCCACAGCAUUCUCGAGCGGCAGAAAGCAUUGUUCAGGCCCAUGAGUUCCACCUCUUCAAAAACCAAUCGUUCCUUGUGGAGGACUACCGUGGUCAAGGCACAUUGUUGGAUCUCGUCAACAUCGUCCGCACGGAAGCCAUCACGAGCACGGGGAACGCUGAAGCUGGAAUGGACGAAGUUUUGGCCAUGUUCUUUGCCGUCGAGCUCUUCAGGACCGUGGAGGGACUCCAUGCAUGCGGUAUCCUGCACGGUGACAUUAAACCGGACAACUGUCUCGUCCGAUUUGACGACAAGUCCAAGGCUAGUCUUCCCACGCCUCCAAGUGAGUCUCUCAUCGACCUCGAAGACGACGACGCCAUGGCGGAUCCCAGCGAAGUCCACUAUUCGCCACGGGGCCGAUGCAACUGGCGCCAGCGAGGCCUCACGCUCAUCGACUUUGGGCGAGGAAUCGACAUGCGCGCGUUCCAGCCCGGCGUGCAGUUCAUCGCCGAGUGGGAGAUAGGGGAACACGAGUGCAACGAAGUGCGCGAGAUGAGGCCGUGGACGUAUCAGAUCGAUCUGUACGGUGUCGCCGUGACGAUCCACACCAUGCUCUUUGGCAAAUACCUCGAAUCAGUCCCCGACAAUUCCAGGAGGAAUUCUUCCAACGGCAACGGCGCGAAAAGGUACCGCAUUCGAGAAUCCCUGAAACGCUACUGGGACCGCGAGAUCUGGAACGAUGUUUUCGAUCUCUUGCUGAAUCCUGGCGCCGAUCGCUGGGUUCAGAUGGAGCAGGAGGGGAACAAUAACAACAACAACAACAACAAUAACAACAGCACCAUACUCCCCGUGCUAAACUCGAUGCGAUACGUCCGCGAAAAGAUGGAGGCGUGGUUAGUCGCCAAUGCCGAGAAGAAGGGUCUCUCGCUGCAGAUCCGCAAGUUGGAGGCUCAUCUAUCUCGAAGGAAGGAGAAACUUGAUCGAGAGAAGUGA